AUGUACUGACGUCACAUGUACAUUUCAUCGCUUAUCACCCACGCAAGCAGCGGUGGCCUUAUCACGAGUUUCACUCAUGCUAUAAAAGGAGUGUGCGUCAAUAAACCUACGUUCAUUUCACCACUGGGCGUCCGACUGAUUUACUACAUUGGCGACGAGGCGGACCGGCCCGGCGAGGCCGCCGUUAAAGAAGGCGGGAUGGCUGUCGGCAAGAUCGGCGAGUAUCGUCUUGGCACGGGCGCGUCUUGGGAUGAGUACGUCGAGCGGUUGGAAAUGUUUUGCGACGCGAACAAGAUAACAACGGACGAGCAGAAAAGAGCAGUUCUGCUGAGUUGUUGCGGCGAAGCAGCGUACGGGCUCAUCGUAACCCUGGUGAAGCCAGUAAGACCGACCAUGGCAAGCUACGACGAAAUCAAGACGGCCGUUCGCAAGCACCUGCAUCCGAGGCCUUCCGAGCUGCACGCAAGGUUUUUGUUCUACAGGAGAAACCAGGCGGCUGAUGAAUCGGUGGCAGACUACGUCACGGCUCUGCGGAAGCUAACGGAAGACUGCGGUUUUGGUGACAAGCAACUACCGCUGGACGUCAUGAUGCGAGAUCGUUUCGUGUGCGGCAUCAAGAACGAAGCAGUCCAGCAGAGACUUCUCGCCGAGCCCAACCUUACGUUCCAGGUCGCGUACGACAUGGCCGUGACAGCUGAGGCUACAGCAAAGCAGCAGCGAGACAUACGCAACCAGGGACGAGACGAGACAAAAGACAGCCAGGGCCUAAUUCAAGCAACUCGCACGAAGCAAGACACCGCAGCGGAAGAGUCCAGUUGCUAUCGCUGCAACGGUAAGCACGCUCCGCAUUUAUGCAGUUUUAGAAAGGCGGCAUGUUUCAAGUGCAAGAAAAUCGGACACAUUGCGAAAGCCUGUCGUUCGAAAGACGAAGUUAGAAAGUUUCAAAGAAAAACUUCACACGAGCAGAAGAAAAAAGAGAGUAAAAGCAAGGGCGCCUACGAAAUGACCGAAUUAUUUUCCCUCUGCGAGGUGAAUGAGCAAGAAGAAAAAUUCAUGGUUGAAGUACAGAUUGAAGGGCAGAAUGUACCCAUGGAAAUUGAUUCUGGAGCAUCGUGCUCAAUUGUGAGUGAAGAAACGUUUCGCUCUAUCGAGGGAAAGCAAAGUAAAAUACCCCUUCGAGAGUCAAGCACAACGCUCGUAACCUGGUCAAAAGAGGCGUUGCCUGUAGUUGGUCGCGCAAGUGUUGUGGUGGAAUUCAAGGGUUGGACGGCAAAGCUGCCUUUGUUGGUAGUGAAGAGAAGCGGUAACAGUUUGCUUGGGCGGAACUGGUUUAGGCCGUUGGGCAUUGGGCUGCAUGGAAUUCAGCAACUGAAUGUUGAAGACGUCACUUCACGAUUUUCUGAGGUGUUUCGCAGUGACCUUCCUGGCUUCAAUGGACCGCCAGUGCACAUCGAACUGAAAGACGACGCCAAACCAACGUUCCUCAAAAGUCGUACAGUUCCACUAGCACUGAAAGACGAUGUGGCCAAGGAAGUGGACCGCUUGGUGCAACAAGGAGUCUGGGAACCAGUCGAGUACUCCAACUGGGCAACUCCGCUCGUGGUGGUAAGGAAAAAAGACGGAACCUUGCGUCUCUGCGGGGAUUACCGUAGCACGGUAAACAAGGCAGUUAAAACCAGCGGGUAUCCUUUGCCUACUGCCGCGGAAAUAUUGUCGACUCUCGGGUCAAGCAAGAUAUUUACUAAGCUCGACCUAGCUCAAGCUUAUCAACAGCUUAUUCUGGAUGAGGUGUCGGCCGAAGUGCUCACAGUUAACACUAUCAAGGGGCUACACAAGGUCAGGCGGCUACCGUUUGGAAUUUCUGUCGCGCCAUGGGUGUUUCAACGAGUCAUCGACACGUUGUUGGCAGGCAUUCCUGGCGUUAAAGCUUAUCUUGAUGAUAUCCUGAUUUUCGGGCGUAACGCAGCAGAACACGCAGAAAGACUGGAAGCUGUGCUGUCGCGUUUGCAAAGAGCGCAGUUGAGAGUUAACAAGGAGAAGUGUGAAUUCAACCAGACGAGCAUUGAAUUCUUGGGACAUCGGAUUGAUAAUACAGGGAUUCACCCGAGCCAAAGCAAGACUGACGCCAUCCAGCAAGCGCCAACGCCCACUAGCAAGAACCAGCUGCAAGCCUUUUUGGGGCUACUGAACUUCUAUAGCAGUUUCCUCAAGGGCAGGACCGGAGCGGCGGAACCUCUAUACCGGCUCCUAGACCACGACCACGAAUGGGAAUGGAAAGGUGAGCACCAACGUGCUUUCGAGAAGCUGAAGAAGCUACUUAGCUCCGAUGCCGUACUUGUUUCUUAUGACCCCGAGCGUCCCUUGAUGCUGUGCUGUGACGCAUCCCCUGUAGGGGUGGGGCGGUGCUGGCCCAUAAAGCAGCUGACGGGAGGGAGCAACCCAUAGCUUAUGCUUCACGAACUCUAGGCGCAAGUGAGCGUAACUACGCCCAAAUUGACAAGGAGGGUCUAGCAGUCGUCUUCGGGGUAAAAAAAUUUCAUCAGUACCUGGCUGGGCGAGAAUUCACGGUGAUAACAGAUCACAAACCGCUUUUGGGUUUAUUAAACACGGACAAGCGAGUGCCGGAAGUACUGUCACCCAGAAUGCUGCGCUGGAUUUUGUUGUUGUCUGCGUAUAACUAUCGCAUCCAGUACAGGCGAGGUGAG